AUGUCGACGGAUUCUUUCUUCAGCCAGCAAAUAAUUUUCCUCACUGGAUCUACUGGUCACUUUGGCGCGUGCCUCCUAUACAAGCUUGUUCUCGUACUUCAAGUUCCUAGGGUUUACGUUCUCAUUCGCGGCACGCCAGGGCAAGCUAUCACCUCAUGGGUACAACAAAUGCCAGAACAUGUUCCUGAUCUGAUUACAUCCGGGAAAGUUCUGUUCGUAGCCGGCAACCUAACCCAGCGGAAUCUUGGAAUCAGUGAAGACAAUUUGGCCACUAUGUCAAAGGUAGUCACUAUUAUCAUCCACGCCGCUGCUAAUAUCAGUCUAAAAGCAUCUCUACAAGACGCCGUAAUUAAUAACUGCCUGCCAUCGCUUGAGUUGGCACGACUCGCUGCGAGCUUCAAUAGAUUGAACAGCUUCGUUCAAGUCUCAAGUCUGUUUGCGCUUUCAUUUCUUCCAGACGGGCCAGUAGACGAAACUUUGUACAUGAUCGACAAUCCGGAAGAGCACUUGGACCGUAUUUUGACUGGCAGCGAUAACGACUUCAACGGUUACGCGUGGCCGUACGCAAAAUCGAAGCACCUCACAGAGUGCCUACUUGCAACACGCUACUGCGACCUUCCUUUGAUGAUACUGCGGCCAAGCAGCAUAGGUCCAGCUAUCUUUCAGCCGUUCGAGCUAUACGGGAAAUCCAAAUCCAUUCCUAUACACAAUCUCUACUCCCGACUUAUGUAUCCAAGCGACCGGCCGAAUUUAUUUCACGCUACUGCAGGCUCCGUAUCUGGGUCCAAUGUCCUUGACGAGAUUCCGGUCGAUCUGCUAGCCAAUAUUCUACUUCAGAAUGUCCAAAGGGGUACUCGCGGGCCCGUAAAUGCAAGCUCACGAUUCUACAUCACCAAAACAUUUGAUGAUUUUGUAGCAGAUGUCCACAAGUGGGUGCCAGACUAUUGGAAAGCAAAUGUUCCACUGGUCGAGUUUACUACCGAUCGUAACAUUCAGCCGUGCCCGAUCUCUCGCUUUUACCAGAUGGGUACAAGGAACUGGAACUUCUUAAGCCAUGACCGGCAAUUAGACCAGAGCGGUCCACUGGCUAUGUCUCUCGAAAAACACGAUGCGGAAGAUUACACUAGGAAGAGAGUGUUAAAGGUCUUUAAAGAAACGCAAGGUACGUUGGGCCAACUGUAUAAUAGGCAGCGCCCUAGGCUUUGA